AUGCGUUAUAAGGAAAACUUCCUUGAUUGUAAAAAAGUGAAGAAAGGAUUAUUUGAAUGCAUGAAUAGAAUGUUGACAUAUGAGGAGAGGCUAGCAACAGACAUCCAAUUGGAUUUGUUUGAUAAUGCACGAGGGGAUUUUGGGACUCGAGUGGCUGUUGACUUUAGAAUGUUGAGAAACUCAGCUAAUUGGUGGAAAUGUUUUGGGACAAAGACCCCGAAAUUGAUGAACUUUGCUAUUCGUGUUCUUAGCCUGAUAUGUAGUGCUAGUGCAUGUGAGAGGAAUUGGAGCACAUUUGAGCAGAUUCAUACAAAAAAGAGGAAUAGAUUAGAGCACAAGAGAUUGAAUGCUCCAGUUUACGUCAAGUACAACACCAAACUGAGGGAGAGAGCUAUAAGAAAAAUACAAAAUUAUGAUCCAAUAUUGGUGCCAGAAUUAGUUUCAGAUGAUGAAUGGAUCACAGAAAAGGAAGAAUCUAUCCUCCCAAAAGAUACUUCUUGGGUUGAUGAUGAAAAUGUCCUAGAUGUUGAUGCUAUUAGAGCUUUGCCCGUGGUACCUCUUGAAGGAGAUGAUGCUCAAGCAACACAAGCUUUUGGCACUCAAGACAAAGGCAAGGGGCCAACAUUGGAAACAAUUGAGGAAGACAAUGAUGUUGAAGUGGGAGAGGAAUAUAUUACUGGAAGGACUCCUAUUUAUUAUGAUGAAGAUGAGGACGUUGAUGAAGAUCUUGAUAUUUCCCUCUGA